GCCUCUAGCUGUCUUUACAUCUCGUUGUCAUCUCCCCAGUCGCUCCGGGCUAUUCUCCUGAUAUUUUCGAGAGGGUCUUACUGUGCGACUUGCUACGAACAUUUUAAUCUUCACUUCAUUGAAACUCCCAUCCCACCAUGGUCCUUCAGGAUCUUGGGCGGCGAAUUAAUGCCGCCGUCAAUGACCUGACUCGGUCUAACAAUCUGGAUGAGAAGGCUUUCGAUGAUAUGCUCAAGGAGAUCUGCGCAGCUCUGCUGUCCGCCGACGUCAACGUCCGCCUCGUCCAGACGCUCCGGAAGUCCAUCAAGUCCAGCGUCAACUUCGCCUCCCUGCCACCCGCCGUGAACAAGAAGCGCCUGAUCCAGAAAGCCGUCUUUGAUGAACUGGUCGCCUUGGUGAACCCGCACGCGGAGCCGUUCCGCCCCAAGAAGGGCCGCUCCAACGUGAUCAUGUUCGUCGGUCUGCAGGGUGCUGGUAAAACGACCACCUGUACCAAAUUGGCUCGCCACUACCAAAUGCGCGGGUUCAAGACCGCCCUUGUCUGUGCCGAUACCUUCCGUGCGGGUGCCUUCGACCAGCUGAAGCAGAAUGCCACCAAGGCCAAGAUCCCGUACUACGGUAGCCUGACGCAGACCGACCCCGCUGUCGUGGCCGCGGAGGGUGUCGCCAAGUUCAAGAAGGAGCGCUUUGAAAUCAUCAUCGUGGAUACCAGUGGUCGUCACAAGCAGGAGGAAGAACUGUUCACCGAAAUGACCCAGAUCCAGACUGCCGUCACCCCCGACCAGACCAUCCUCGUCCUUGACAGCACCAUCGGUCAAGCCGCUGAGGCUCAGUCCUCCGCGUUCAAGGCCACCGCCGAUUUCGGUGCCAUCAUCAUCACCAAGACGGACGGCCACGCGGCGGGUGGUGGUGCCAUCUCGGCUGUCGCCGCCACGCACACCCCCAUCAUCUACCUCGGUACCGGUGAACAUUUGAUGGAUCUGGAGCGGUUCGAGCCCAAGGCCUUCAUCCAGAAGCUGCUGGGCAUGGGUGAUAUGGCCGGCCUGGUCGAGCACGUUCAGGCUGUCACCAAGGACUCUGCCUCGGCCAAGGAGACCUACAAGCACAUCGCAGAGGGGAUCUACACGCUGCGCGAUUUCCGUGAGAACAUCACCUCGAUCAUGAAGAUGGGUCCUCUGUCCAAGCUCUCCGGCAUGAUCCCGGGUCUAUCCAACCUGACCGCCGGUCUGGACGACGAGGACGGCUCGCUGAAGCUGCGCCGCAUGAUCUACAUCUUUGACAGCAUGACUGCCGUCGAGCUGGACGGCGACCCGAAGGUGUUCGUCGAGCAACCCAGCCGCAUGGUCCGCGUGGCUUGCGGCAGCGGUACCACCGUCCGCGAGGUCGAGGAUCUUCUAUCUCAACAUCGCAUGAUGGCCGGCAUGGCCAAGCGCGUCGGCGGGCAAAAGAAGCAGAUGCAGCGCGCCCAGAACAUGCUCAAGGGCGGAAACAAAGAGCAGCAGCUGGCCGCGAUGCAGAAGCGCAUGGCCGCCAUGGGCGGGGCCGGCGGCGGCGGGUUCCCCGGUAUGCCCGGCAUGGGCGACAUGGCCAAGAUGAUGCAGAUGCUGCAGGGCCAGGGCGGCGGCGGUGGUGGCGGCCUCCCGGGCAUGGGUGGUAUGGACUUGCAGAGCAUGAUGAGCCAGAUGGGCGGGCUGAUGGGUGGUAUGGGCGGUGGUGGUGGCGGCCGUGGCCGUGGCCGGUGAUCCUGCUGCAAUCCCUCCCUCCUCAUUCAACCUCAUUCUUCGUUUUCCACUGGCUUCCAUCCACCCACCCUCUCCCUCAAGUUCCUUCUACCCUCUUCGCCCCUUCUUGUCUAUAUCUGAUCCUUUCUCUCUAUUCUUCCUUUCAUGACUCCGGAUUGAUUUUCCCCCGCCGGAAGCCACGGCUUACUGCUGAUGUCGAUGUCGAUUGUAUUAGCAUACUAUGGUGUUGGGCGUGUUUCUUUUUUCUUGGUUUCCACCGGGUUGUUGAUUCAUUCCAUCCCAAUUUCAUACCAAAAUAAUCUGUUGAUAGAUGAGGCUUGCUUGCAUUGACCAGAUUGGCUCGUAAUCAUGUAUUUUGUGCAUCAUCCCCGAAAUAGUGGUAGAUUGCUCAAUCAUAU